CCGCCCGCGCGCGCGUCCCUCCUGCAGCCCGCCUGCAGGGCCGGCUUGGCCCGGCCCGGCCCGGCCAUGGAGUCCUACGACAUCAUCGCCAACCAGCCCGUGGUGAUCGACAAUGGCUCAGGAGUGAUCAAGGCAGGCUUUGCGGGAGACCAGAUUCCAAAAUACUGUUUCCCAAACUAUGUUGGGCGCCCUAAGCACAUGCGGGUGAUGGCCGGAGCCCUGGAGGGGGACCUCUUCAUUGGACCAAAAGCAGAGGAGCACCGGGGGCUGCUGGCCAUCCGCUACCCGAUGGAGCACGGCGUGGUGCGGGACUGGAACGACAUGGAGCGCAUCUGGCAGUACGUCUACUCCAAGGACCAGCUGCAGACGUUCUCCGAGGAGCACCCGGUGCUUCUAACGGAGGCUCCGCUGAACCCGAGUAAGAACCGAGAGAAGGCGGCAGAGGUGUUCUUCGAGACCUUCAACGUGCCGGCCCUGUUUAUCUCCAUGCAGGCCGUGCUCAGCCUGUAUGCCACAGGACGGACGACGGGAGUGGUUCUAGACUCGGGGGAUGGCGUCACUCACGCGGUCCCCAUCUACGAGGGCUUUGCCAUGCCACACUCCAUCAUGCGGGUGGACAUUGCCGGCCGAGACGUCUCCCGGUACCUGCGGCUGCUGCUGCGCAAAGAGGGCGUGGACUUCCACACCUCGGCCGAGUUCGAGGUCGUCCGGACCAUCAAAGAGCGAGCCUGCUACCUGUCCAUCAACCCCCAGAAGGACGAGGCCCUGGAGACGGAGAAGGUGCAGUACACCUUGCCAGACGGCAGCAUGCUCGACGUGGGGCCGGCGCGGUUCCGGGCCCCGGAGCUGCUGUUCCAGCCAGACCUGGUCGGGGACGAGAGUGAGGGGCUCCACGAGGUGCUGGCCUUCGCCAUCCACAAGUCGGACGUGGACCUGCGCCGCACGCUCUUCGCCAAUAUCGUGCUCUCAGGCGGCUCGACGCUGUUCAAAGGCUUCGGCGACCGAUUACUAAGUGAAGUGAAGAAACUAGCUCCAAAGGACAUCAAAAUCAAGAUCUCGGCUCCUCAGGAGCGGCUGUACUCUACAUGGAUCGGUGGCUCCAUCUUGGCCUCGCUGGACACCUUCAAGAAGAUGUGGGUAUCCAAGAAGGAGUAUGAAGAGGACGGCUCCCGUGCUAUUCAUCGCAAGACUUUCUAGUGCCCAAGGGGGGCGUUGGCAGGCUGGGAGGAAAGGGGAGCCAGUGCCUUCAACCCUUUCUGGUCUGGGCUCACAUACUAGGCUUAGGGACCCCUGCAUGCCCUGAACCCCCAGCAGGAGGUGCAGUGAUGCUCCCUGCCGCCGUACCCCUCACCCCCCCCCAAAUGUUUAGCAUCCUGGACAGGGUAGCUGAGCUGGGCACAGGGAUUGAGGAGCCCACCAUGGGCUGCCCUGUGUUUCCUUGCUACGAUCUUCCUGGGCAGCAACUCCUCUGCAGUCCAAGACCAGUCCCCACAUGCGCCAUUUCCUCUGGCAGGUUGCCCAGUUGUCUGGUACCUCUGUUACUCCCUUGAGGUGUUGGGAGAGUAGGUAGGUGGUAGUUCCCCGGAGGUGCGUCACCGCUUCUCAAUUUGUCCUCCUCUUCCUGGCCUGACGGCAGCCUUGAGGGCCCUCCCUAAGCCAUUCCUGACUCUCGUGCUCUGCCCUUCGGGCUCUGCAGGCUGAGUGCCCUGGUGGAGGCCCGAGUGCCAGGCUACAUCUGGCCCAGGGCAGGGGAUGCCCAGGGUGCAGGCAAUCAACUUUGUCACGCUCCUCCCCCUGCAAAACACGUCACUGAGUUGCUGCUCCCUGUCCUUUGCCCCAGUACCCUGGAUGGGAAAGGGUUAAGUGUCUUCACUUUUGAAAGAAGCCACUUAGUCUGAAGUCCAACCUGGAGGUGGGGAGCAUUGCCAUCGCCCACCUCCUCCAAGAACGACGUCCUCACUACCAGUGAUCAGGGCCUCAAACUACACUCCCUAUAAAUGCCCUCCCCCCCAAAAUAUGUACAAUAAUUUAACACAGUUGCCUGAAAAAAAUUGUUUUUUUUGUAAAUCAUUAUAGUCACAAUUAUGGACAAAG